GGAGACGGUUGGCGGCUCGGCCUUCUUCCCCGGCUCGGCCUUCCGCCUGACGGGAGCGGUGCGGAAAGCCAACGGGGCCGACCGGGGAGAGUUUAUUCUGGAUUUAGCCACCUGGAUGAAACAGCUGCAGUAAAAGAGCAUUUGUCUGGAAUGUUGUGGAUAUAUAAGGAGAAUCACAAUCUUUGCAAGCAUGAGAUAUGGAAAACCUGGGAUUGGUGAAACCAGAACAAGAAAUAGCAUCAGGGGACACUGAUGCUAAGAACGUUCACACCUUGUAUGAUUAUAACAUAAGCGACAACAGAAGCCCUCCUUUAUUCCACCCAGAUGUCAUCUCCAAUUUCUCGGGCAAAGUCAGUCCUUCUGCAAUAAGCAAAGAGGUCCGUUUGCUGGCUUCAUCUAUGCAAGAUGCUCAAAGCAGCCGUGACCCCGAAAUACUGAAGAAUUGCGAGACCAGGUGGCUCCAUUUGUUCAGCCUGGUGGAGAGGCAAUGCCAAGAGCAGAUAGUCACCCAGCAAAAAGUAUUCUGUCAUCAAAUCCACCACAUACAAAAUGAAAUCAGACGCUUGGGGAAACUGCAGACCCAGAUCCCAUGCUCGUGUGCCAAGCAGGCCUCUUGCGUCAGACUUUCAGACGGCUGCCCGUUGCUAGGAAGUCCGAUGGGGUUGAAGGCCGACCCUUUUGAAGAAAAUGAGCUCUUUACCAGUCAGUUCCACCCCGGCCAUGCUGAGCCCCGGGCAGAAGCCUCCACCAUGCACCACCAGGAGGGCCUUACAAACAGCCUUUCCAUAAGCAGCGGAUAUGGUACGGAACUCAGCCCCAGCAAAUGCGAUGACCUUCCGGCCUGCAGGGAAGAAAGCUCAGAGACAAUGACCAAACGGCCGAAUCGUCCAGCACCAGCAAUGGAGGAUGUCCUUGGGGCCAGCAUUCAGGACAAAAGAGAAGCUUCGCAAACCACCAUCGGGCAUUUUCCACCUCCGAAGGAGAGCGAUGGCGAGCUUUCCGCUCGGUUUGAGGCUCAGAUUCACGAAGGUCAACCCGAGGAACCAAAUGGGAAACCUUUAACCUCCUGGGCUCAAAAGAUGAAACAAAACCACCUGAAAAAAACAAAUGUGGAAGAAGAGACCGAGCCGGGAAAAGAGGAAACCGUUGACAGUUUACAGACCAAUACCAUCGCUGCGCCCGCCGCGCCAUCCACCACUCCGUUUUACCUCAAUCAGCAACAUGGAAGCCAAAAUUCCUUAGUCUCUCUUUCGUCAGGGCUGACCUAUUGGAGGUUAGACGAGAAGGAAAUGUAUCAAGCAUUGCCUAAGAAUUUAGGGAAUGAAUUUUCUACAUUCUCAACAAAGGACUCCUCAGAACAGCUCUCUUCCAGUGACGAGCUGAAGCUUAUGUCAUUAAAGGAGAUUUAUCAUAAGAAACAGAAGGAAGACAAGCAACUUGUAGAGUGGGAUUUCACUCCUCUCCACUCCACUCAUCCCCCAGAGAUCCUUACGCUCGACCCAACGCUCCACAUGAAACCGAGCGAGCGGAACGCGGGGCGGCCUUUGCCCAGGUUCUACGCCAGCCCUGAGCCGGCACCGUUUUCUCCCGAUUCCAUGGCAGGUCCUGCUUUUUCGCUUCCUUCGGAGGCGGAUUCCUUUUCUCCCACGAGCACGGUGGUGUCCCCUCGCUCCGCCGAGUCUCCCCGAUAUGCCCCUCGCUCAGCAGCGGCCUUGCACGUGGGUCCCUGGGGCACUUGUGAGUUUCAGAACGCAGCCAACGUCGCCGGCUCUCCUCAUCGAGACCGUGAGAUUUUGGACAUGGGGGACAACGACAACUUAACCCUCACGCCGUCUUCCGAAGCCCGGUCCCCGAUUCCGUCGGCUGAUAAUCGUUUGACGCAGCAGGAACUUUCCGUGCCUUGCGUGGAAGAUCCCCUGGUGCUCUCCAAGAUUAGGCAGAAUUUGAGGGAGAAACAUACCCGGCAUAUGACUGAUCUCCGAGCGUAUUACGAGUCGGAAAUUCUCAGCUUAAAGCAACAACUAGAAGCAAGCCAUACCUCUCCUUCCGAGGAAAUGAAGAAAAUCAAUCAAAAUCUCACGGACAGGUGCGAGCAGCUAGAAACUUCUCUGCACGAAGCCAACGGCCGGAUGCGAUCUCUUGAAAAUAAAAACAAGGCCUUAGAGAUUGAAAUAACCGAUUGGCGGGAGCGCUCCGGCGCCCUCAGUACCACCACCAAAUCCUUGCAGGAGCGCAUCGAAGAGAUGCGCACGAGUGGCAAGGACAAAGACAACACCAUCAGCCGCCUCAAGAGGAGACUCCGAGAUCUGGAAGAGGCCUUUGAGAAAGUUUACAAGCUCUCUGACAACAAGGAUGUCCGGUUAAAGGAAGAAAACAAGAUGUUUCAAAACCUUUUGGGAGAAUACGAAUCCCUCGGGAAGGAGCACGAACGAGUUAAGGAUUCUUUAAAUAUUACUGAGAACAAAUUACUCGAUGCGCACACUCAAAUCUCUGAUUUGAAGAGAACCGUCUCGAAACUGGAAACGCAGGUCAAGCAAUUAGAACAUGAAAACUCGCUCAAGUUUCGUUCUCUUGCCGAGGGACACUUCGGGCCAUCUUAUGCCAGCAAAUUAGAAAGCUUUGACGUGAGCAGGAGAAAGUGGCUGAUCCCAGGAUCCGAAUUUUCAAUCUUCACCGGUCAGCCGUUGGCGGCUCAAGAGAGUCCCAACGAUAAUCGACUGGAAAAAGGAUUCGCCUCUCCUAGGCAUCGUUCUCCUCCAGAGAAGGAAUCCUCUCCAGAUUUCCUCCUCACCAGCGAAACCAUUCAGAAAGAGAUCAAAAGUCAAGAAAUCCCCAUUCUCAAAGCCUUUAAGGAAUUCGAAGAAAGGAAGGCUUUGAAGAACCGAGAGGCCCAGGCAGAGAAAGGGCCCACAGCAGAAACCAGCAAAACAGCCAUUCGGGGUCCAGUUGGGUUCGCCGAGAGGUCCUUGGGUAUGAGCCGUUCGCCCGAGAAGAGCAAAGAGCAGCCGAGGCACAAAAAACUCAACUCCUCCAAUACCCAGCGAUCUUCCUCGCUCCCACCUUCAAACAGGAAGACAAACACACCAACCAAGCGAGAGACCAUGUUGACUCCGGUCGCUGUGACUUACAGCCCCAAGCGUUCCCCCAAAGAAAAUUUGUCUCAGGGGUUCAGCCACUUUCUCAGCAGGAAUGAAGACAUGAUGACCAGAUUCGAUAUCCGCUUGGACGAGGUCACCGCUCCCCCUGCAGUGCAGUACGGCAGCCCACGGAAGCGGCUUCAGUUUGGCUCGGGAGGCGACCCACAAGGACCGCAGCCUAGCCGCCUAGAAACCCGCAGAGGUCCGAAGUCUUCCUCCUACCCACAACCUCUGCAUUCCAGAGCAAGCAGGGAUUUGUUGAGGGACAGUUACGAAGAGGGCUGCUCCGCCGACACCAGCGAGAUGGGCUCAUCUGUGUCAGCGCCAGCUCCCUACGAGCCCGAAUUCAAGUACGUUUCCUGGAUUAAGACCUUGGCGGAGACCGAACGGCUUUUUGACGAGCUGUCGCAAGAAAAGCAACAGAUUGAAUCCCAGCUGAGCCGAAUUCCUUGCGCGGGAGGAAGGAUGACUCUCCAGGCCCGGAUAAAUCAGGAAACUCUGGAGGAUCGCCUGGAAAGAAUCAACCGAGAACUGGGAUCCAUCCGCAUGACCCUGAAGAGGUUCCAGGUCUUACGCACCUCCGCCAACACCUGACGAUGGCCUGACUUCAUCAGAUGUACACACCCUCUUUAUUUGCACUAAGGUUUAAUAAUGAUGCACUCUGAAAAUGCAAAGCGGUUUUGUAUUUUUCUAAACUCUCCCCAGUUUUUGCAAUCAUGUCCUCUUUACACACACACACACACACAAACCCCGAUGUUUUGUACUGAGCCACAUAUUUUCCAAAAAAAAACACCCUAUUUUUGUUAUACUGGAAGGAAUCGAACUGUUGGCGGGGUUUUAUUUUAUUUUUAUUUUUUUUGUAUUUUGCUACUUUUGAAGACGUGAUUUUUUGUUUUGUUUUUUUAAACAGACCCGAAUUCUUUGUAAGACGCCGAGUUUUUGAGACGUUGAUCGUGUCGUUGACUGAUUGUGAUGGUGCUCGCCACUUUUAGAGGGUAGAAGCCCAGCUUCUGCGACAUACGUGCGCAGUGCGGACUUUUUUUAAAAAAAAAUCGAUGCUAACGGGACACACAGCUUAGGGAAGUGAGCUGCAAGGAAACAUUUCUUAGCGUAACAUUUUCAGAAAGGCAUUUUCCUAAGCUCCUUUGCUGAGUUACAGCGCAGUGUUACCCACAAAGGAAUCGAGGAAGGUUGGGGGGGGGGAACCCUCUUUUUCAGUAUCCAUCCCAUUGCCUUCCAGGGAGUCCGAAGUUCUCUUUUUAAACCACUAGCUUUUAUUCGGCAUGUUUUGUCACGGAAGUAUGAAUUAAAAUUAAGUGUCUAAAGUGAA